AUGCAAUUAAUAAUCACCUUAAUUUUGGCUCUUAGUUUUGUUUCAACUUGUCUAUGUACGAGGUGGAAUCUAGUUGAUAGAAACAAUAAUAUAUAUAAUGUGAUGCAAUAUAGUGCUCGUGGUGAUGGCAAAUCGGACGAUUCACAAGCAUUUUUAACGGCAUGGAAUAGUACGUGCGAAGCACAAGGGGCAGCAACACUAGUUAUACCACCAAGACUAUCAUUCUUAGUAAACAAUUUAAUAUUCACAGGUCCUUGCAAGGCCACGAGUAUCACCAUACAGGUAAUAUCUGUAAACGGUCUCACAAUUGAUGGUCAUAAUAGUGGAAGUAUUGACGGCUAUGGUUCUACUUGGUGGGAAUGCAGAAGUUGUGCUCGACCUAUAGCCGUAUAUUUCAAUCAUUGCAAUAAUCUUACAGUUAAUAACCUGAGGGUGAGUAAUAGUGCAGGAGCGCAUAUAGCCAUAAAUGGUUGCAAUGGUGCAACAUUCUCCGGUUUAUUAGUACAGUGUGAGUGUGAUGAUUGUAUUGCGAUCAAUGGUGGCUCCUCGUACAUCAAUGCUACUCGUCUUGUUUGUGGACCAGGCCAUGGAAUAAGCAUUGGUCUUGGUAAAGAUCACUCUUAUGAGACAGUUGAAGAAGUUCAUGUACAUAAUUGUACUUUUAUUGGAACCACAAAUGGAGCAAGAAUCAAGACAUUUCUUGGUGGAUCAGGUUAUGCUAGAAAGAUUACUUUUGACCAAAUAUAUCUUCAAAAUGUAAGCAACCCAAUAAUUAUAGACCAACACUAUGGCGUUAAAGUGAGUGAAGUAACAUACCAUGGAAUUGAUGGAACUUCAGCUAGUGACAUAGCUAUUAAACUAGAUUGCAGCUCAUUGGGUUGUUCCAAUAUUGUAAUGGAUCAAAUUAACAUUAAUUGUUUCUUCUCAAAAGGAAAAAAAGGUCAAUGCUUUUUGUCAAAAUCUUCAAGGAACAAUUGAAUCCACUGUUCCAAAGGUCUCAUGCACAUAAAUAUAUUGUUUGAAUCAAUUAUAUGUUAUCCA